UGAAAGCGUUAGAGCUAAAUCCUACUUACACUAAGGCCUUGGUUCGCAAGGCAGAAGCACACGAGAAGCUUGAACACGUUGAAGAAGCCGUCACGGACCUGAAGAAGAUCUUAGAACUUGAUCCUUCAAAUGAUCAAGCUAGGAAAGAGAUUCGAAGGCUUGAACCUCUUGCUGUGGAGAAGCGAGAAAAAAUGAAAGAAGAGGUUAUAACUAAGCUGAAGGAGAUGGGAAACUCGAUUUUGGGUCGGUUUGAGAUGAGUGUGGAUCCCAACACUGGCUCCUACUCUCUUUCUUUGGCUCCUACUCUCUUUCUUUCCAAAACUAGUCACUAUAUCGUUGUG